AGGAGGAGAAAAAAAAUAAGAAGAAAACACCUCCGAGGCUCCGACGAACACAUCUGAAACUCUAGACUGAAGCCUCCUUCCACGCCAUCUCAACUUCCUCUCUUGCAGAAUCAAAAAAAAAAAAACUUCCUCUCUCGCAGGUCGCAGCCGUCUACCUCUCCCAAUCCCCCCUGCUUGAACUGCCGGAAGCGCGGAUCCAUCCGGCCUCGGAUCGACUAUUCCCCUAUUGGUUAGGAAGGCCUAGUUUGCUUGGGUCAAUUUCGUCUGCCCCGAUCUGCAGCCGCGAGCGGAGAUGAACUGCGUGACCUGUCAGCUGAAGGAGCUGGAGCUGGAAUUGACUGAGAUUAGGGAUGUGCUGCGAUGUGAGUCGCAUUUUGCACACCAUAUUCUUCCAUAGAACCCUCAGCCUUGUUCGCCCCAAAGAUGUUGACUGUGAUUUCCUUGAGAUCACUUACGUGCAAUGUGGUCUACCAGAACUAGAAAAGGAAGUUGAUGAAAAGAUAGACCUGUUCAUUGCUUGGGUGGAAAAGCACCCAAAUCGCAGAAGCCAGGUCUGCCUAUCCUUCUUGGAUGAGAAACACAAACACCCAGGUUGGUUUGUCAACAAAACAGAGCGUAUUUAUUGGGAACAAUGGUUCAUCAGUUUACACGUCAUGAGCCCAAAAAGAUAUAGCAAAUCAAACAGCUCCAAAGGGCUUUCAAAUAUUGGAGGGGAUGCCUUGGAGGAGACCAGCUUAAGGCGUGCUGCAUUGGAGUCGUCAAUUAAUGAAGUGCUAUUCCAGAUCAUAAAUUUUGCCAAUGAGAAAAAGGACCACAUUCCUGCCAUCCCUGACAGAAUAUUCAAUCAUGAGAUCAUGAUCCCAAGCUCAUCGGAUUCUGUGUUUGGAUGGAACACCGACGCCUUUCGCAGAGUGCUGAAUAGUGGGCACCCGUUCUCACUUUAGCUGAAGAUGACCCGUGCCACCAUCCAGUGUGGAAGGCGCUUUGCUAACCUUCAUGGUCUAACCAUAUUAUAUGCUCAGGGAGAACCUACUGCUGUGUACAUAAUUGUGUGUGAAGCCAGAGAGCAUGCUCAUCUGGCCUGUAAAUAUUAUGUGUGAAUCUUGCUUUUAUUCUGAACAAUCUUGUAAAUAGUUGCAUGGUGGAAUUGUGUUUCCAAGGGCUCAAGGAUCUGUCGGUGUACCCGGGGCUUGUUCGGGGUGGUAUCUCUUUGAUCUUGAAGGAUGGUUGAGCUCAGAUGUGUUUCUUAGUGUUCA